AUGAAUCACCAACCACUUUCUGGAUUUUCUAAUAAUAAUUUUGGUGAUAAUAGUAACCUAGUUAAUAAAAGACUUUCUUCGUCACUGUUCGAAUCCAAUAAUACCUCAUUUCAUGACUGUGAUAACGAUUUUGUCAAUAGUGAUGCUAGUUUUUCUGAAUAUGAUAAUAAUUUUGAGGAAUUAAGUGUUCUCAGCUAUCAAUAUAACCUUCAUGUGGGUGAUUGUUUUAAUGACUGGGAAGCUGUUGAUAGGUUUAUACAUAAUUAUUGUUUUGAAUGGGGUUUUAGAUAUCAAGCUUUCCGUAAUGAUAAAGACCAAAAUGAUCCUGACAUUAGUCGUCGAAAAUCUUAUUGCUGUUCAUCAGGUAGUGUUUAUAAAGCUCGUAAAGUAAUUGAUCAAAAUUCACGCCGCUUACGCAGUACUACAAAAAAAAGUUGUGAAUGGCAUUGCAACUUUACACUUCCAAAAACCUCUUAUCAAAUCAAAUGUACAACACUAAAAAAUACACAUAGCCAUCAAAUCAAUCCUGCACAGGUAUCGGAUAUUAGUGCCAGGUAUCGAUGUUUUAGUGAUGAGAUGAUUCAAGAUAUUAAUUUUUUUUUGGAAUGCAAGGUUGCAUCUAUUACUCAACUAGAAUUACUUAAAAAGAAGUAUCCACAACAUGUGUUUCAUAGACAAGAUGUGUAUAACGCAAUUUAUAAAUUGCGUCAAAAUGAUAAUGAGAGUAUGGAGAUUUUUGAACAACGAUGGGAAUUUAUGGUGAAGACAUUUCCAGGAUGUGAACAUUAUAUGACCAAAAAAUUGUAUAUUAAUCGGAUUAGUUGGGCCAAAGCUUACGCACCAUUCCAAUUCAAUGCUGGCAUUCAGAGCACUCAAAGUGUUGAAUCAUUUAAUAGCAUUAUUAAAAAGUCUCUUAAUAAUGCCAGCACACUUUGUGAAGUCGAGAAGGACUUGUGUAUUGACAUUAUAAGUGAUAAUUUUAUAGAAGAUGUAGUCGAUGAACCCCAGGCAACAUUAAAGGCUAUUUUAGAUAGUACUAAUAUGUCCAAUAUUAUUGAAAAGUUGAGAAUUUGUCGAAUUGGAGGCCUUUCUCAUAAAGACAAUCUGGUAGUUCUUCUUAAUGAUGAAACACAUAUUUCAAAUAAUAUUCUUCAAAGUUUACGAAAUUUUCAGAGCAUUGGCCAUCAAUCCAAUAUUCAGCGCAUUAUUCCCCAGAAAAAUAAAUUUGGAAUAGCUUUUUCAACAGCUAAAAUGGCGAUUAACGUUGCAUUGGAAACAAAGAGUGAUGAUGAAUUAAUUCAAUUAUUAAAGACUUUCAUUUUGACUAAACAAAAUAGCCACAAUAAGAAUGAUAAUUUAGAAGAAGCAGAAAGCAGUGAAAAUAAUCUGAAUAGUGAUAGUAUUAUUACAUUACAACAAGAUUUGAUCAAACAAACAAAUGAUCUACAUGUUACUAAAAUUUGA